AUGGCCGCCGCACCAGACCCCAUCGCGUCUCCCCGCUAUCUGAGUUCGACUGAACAGGCCAUGCACUUGUUCAACGAUUUGCAGCAUAGCGUAGACGCACAUCAUCAGCUCAUGCAAGCGGUUGAGCGUAAGAGCCUCAAAGACAUCCGCGCUCACUUAGACCAAGCAGGGACGCUUGACAAGGCCGGCUGGUCUGCGCUUGGCCUAGCAGCAAAGAUGAGAUAUGAUGAGGGAGUACGAGAGCUCGCCCCCCUUGAGAAGCAGCUCCACAUGGAUGUGAGACUCAAGAUGGGAUCGAUGACGGUUACUAGGCCUACCGCGCUCAUUCUUGCUGCAUACUACAAUUACCAGUCCAUUAUAGAGAUUCUUCUUGACUUUGAGUCUGGUGCUACGGACGGCGAGGGGCGUGUCGCCCUUGUGCACGCCAGUGCCAUGGGUAACCUUGAGGCCGUUAAGCUCUUGGCUCCGCGUGAGGGCGAUCUGUACGCCGAGGACGCCCUCAAGGUCUGCUGCUCUGAAGCAAAAAGUUCUCCACAUAAAUCCAAAAUAGAGGAGUUACUUAGAUCGUACAUAAUGUAA